GCAAAAUGGGAAAUGUGUAUGGCGCGCCUCUCAUUUUCUGUUCUUAAAUUUCCACCCAUUGCAAUUACCUUUCAAAUGAUCCUUCCAAACUCUCAGGGUUCUUCCGAAAAUCGAUCGAGAAAAUACCUGCAUAUUCAAAUUCUUUGAUUAGCGGUUCUUGGAUUUCUGAUUUCUCCGCCUUCGUUCAGAAACGACAACGCAAAACCGGCGAAAACUUCGACGCCACGAAACAAGAAUUAGCGAAACCAGCCGCCAGAUAAUUGAAGAAAUCGAAGCUCUGCAAAUGGAGGCGGUAGCCGACGAUAGUGUAUUCAAAAUGUGUUUAAACGCUUGGAUUGCCUCAGUUCAUUCCUGUAGGGAAAUCGAUUCCAAUGCAAUCAGCGUCCUCGUCUUUUUCGGCUCGCUUCCACGAAAACGGAGAUGUCGAGGACUUCAGGCGGACCGAUCAUGCCUCCGGCGACUCAGACGAUGAAUCCGAAGUUCGAUCCAUGACUGCCAAGGGAAUUAAUCAUUUGUGUUCGGAACUCUUGGAGUUGAAGGCUGAAUCGAAUGGAGAUUUUCACAGAAUUAUUAUUUCCAGUUGUCUUUCAUUCUCCAGAGCAUUCGAGAAGGUAAAGGUAAUGGAACAGGAUUUGAUGCAUUUAAAAGGCACCAUCUCUACUCAUACGGCCCUUGUCAAGGACCUAAUGGAUAGCAUGGAUCUUGACAUUGAGUCAGACGAGACAGUGGAUUCAACUCUUCAAGCGUCCGAAUGCAAUAGAAUAUCUUCCUUGAUUGAAUUGGAGGCUCACAUUUAUGAGGUCUCAAACGCUUUGGAUACUCUCAUUUAUGAAAACAAGGUAGCUGAAGCUUUGGAAACCAUCAAAUCAGAGGAUGAAAAUCUGCAAAGGCUGAAGGUUGAAGAAGAUGAAGAAGAUUACCCAUUUGAUAUAGUAAUGCUAUAUGAUUGUGUGAUUUCUGAUAAAAAGGCCAAGAUCAAGUUGCGUUUGGAAAAUGUAUGUGAGAACACGAAAACGCCUGUCCAAGAAGAGACUGGUCCAGCGGCAGGGCAGCCGCCUUUGAUAAAUUCUCAAGUACUAGAAGAAAGGUUAUUGGAUUGACUUUUCAAGUGUUUAAAAAACUCAAAAAGUAAAUCCAAAUUGAGAAGUCGGUAAAUUUUAUAUGUAAACUUAUUUAUCCAAAAUUAUUGGUUUGUUAAU